AUGGACAUCGACCGUGUUGCAAUCAUUGGAGCUGGCCCUUGUGGUCUGGCUGCUGCAAAAUCCAGAUAUAUGGCAGCAGAGCGAAAAUUCAAGACAAUUACCGUAUUCGAACAACGCGACCAGCCCGGCGGUAUCUGGAACUAUACCGGCGAUGAGGGCACCGCCAGCAGUCCUAUCCCCAAUGCGACACCAAGCCAAGUGGCAGUGGCAGUGGAUGGAACAUUUGCAUCUCCGGUAUACGACUCGCUGGAAACAAACAUCCCCAACUCACUGAUGCAGUUCUGCGAAUUCCCCUUUCCGUCGGGGACGGCGCUGUUUCCUACGCAUCGGGUUGUCAAGGGGUAUCUCCAUCGGUAUGCAGAGGAGUUACGCCCGUUGAUGCGCUUGCACUCACAGGUUCUGGAUAUAUCUUUGUCGAGAAGCCCAAAGGUUGAGUGGACUGUAACAUGGCGGGACAUCAAAUCUGAUAAAGUCUCCACUGCACGGUUCGAUGGUGUAGUGGUAGCUAAUGGGCAUUAUAACGAGCCGAACAUCCCAGCUAUCCCAGGGCUGGAGGAGUGGAAUCGGCGAUAUCCUGGCUCGAUCCUCCAUUCGUCUGUAUACCGCCGUGCAGAGCCUUUUACCAACAAGAAAGUCAUCGUGGUCGGCCACUCCGCCUCAGGAAUCGACAUCGCAGCCCAAAUCAGCCAAGUCUCAAAACAUCCUCUUCUCAUCUCUGAGCGAACAGCAACAUCAACACCAAAGCCAACCAUACAAGCACCAGUCUCCAAACCAAUCCCUGAAAUAACCCACCUCACCCCCAAAACCAAAACCGUACACUUCGCAACCAGCCUCAACGAGAGCGAGAGCGACAUCGACCACAUAAUCUUCUGCACGGGAUACCACUUCUCCACGCCCUUCCUGUCCUCCCUCAGCCCACCAGUCGUUACGGACGGAUCAAGACCGAAUGCCCUGUUCAAGCAUGUAUUCUACACCCCCGAGCCAACACUAGCCUUUAUCGGGACACCGCAGCGCAUCGUCCCGUUUCCGUUUAGCCAGGCGCAGAGCGCGUGGGUUGCAAGGGUUUUUGCGGGCCGGGUGUCUCUUCCGCCGUUUGCUGAGAUGGGGCAGUGGAUUGCGGAUUGGAGAAGUUCUCGAGGCGGGUCUAAUAGUCUUGCGUUUCCGCUUGAUGCGGAGUAUAUCAACUCGCUUUAUGGGAUUAGUAUGGGCGCAGCAAGGAAGGAGGGGCUUGAGAAUGACGGGCGUGGAAAAGAGCCGCCGUUCUGGGGGGAGAGGGAGAAGUGGAUGAGGGAGAGAUUUCCGGAUAUCAAAAAGGCGUCGCAGAUGUUGGGGGAGAGGAGGAGGGAUGUUACUACGCUGGAGGAGCUGGGGUUUUGUUUUGAUCGCGAGAAGGCGAAUCUGUGA